UAGCUUUGUAAAAACCAAUUGGAAAAUGGCCGCCGUCGCAGCAACAGUGAUGAACGAGAUGGGUGGUGAAGAGGAGAGAUUGGUUCUUAAAAAAACAGAAUCACCAGUUCCUGUUUUGAUGUGACAUGUGACUCCCCCCAGCAGAUUUUGCCAUCUUGCUUCUGUAGAUCAGCUCCAUCAGGAUUCCAUGGUAGCUGUGAUGUUAGGGCUCAGGGAAGAGAAGUCAGAAGAACAAGAACUGCAGGAACUGAAAUCCAAAAAGGUGAAAGAUAAAAGAGAAGAAGAGAAAGCAGAAGAAAAGGAAAAGCAUGAGUUGCCACAUGCUUCUUCACAUCAGUUUGUUCUGCCAAUGGAAGGAGGGAAAGUGGACACUUCCGAAAUAGUCAGGUCAGCUCCCCCUGUUCCUGAAGCCUCUGCCUCCCCCAAACAAAGGCGUUCCAUUAUCAGAGACAGAGGACCUAUGUAUGAAGAUCCUACCUUACCUGAAGGAUGGACCCGUAAACUUAAGCAGAGGAAAUCAGGUCGUUCAGCUGGAAAGUAUGAUGUGUAUUUGAUCAAUCCCCAGGGAAAAGCAUUUCGAUCCAAGGUGGAAUUGAUUGCAUAUUUUGAAAAGGUAGGCGACACAUCUUUGGACCCAAAUGAUUUUGAUUUUACAGUAACUGGGAGAGGAAGCCCUUCUCGGCGAGAACAAAAGACAUCUAAGAAGCCUCAAACUACCAAGGCUUUGGGGGCAGGUAGAGGGCGAGGAAGGCCUAAAGGAAGUAGCACAGGGAAAUCAAAGACAGGUGAUUCAGAAAGUAUUCAUAUCAAAAGGGUGAUAAAGAAGAGCUCUGGGAAGCUCCUGGUCAAGAUGCCUUUUCAGCCUUCACCUGGAGGGAAGGAAGAAGGAAGUGGGGCCACUACAUCUACCCAAGUCAUGGUAAUCAAACGUCCUGGUAGGAAGCGGAAAAUUGAGACAAAUCCCCAAGGCAUUCCCAAGAAAAGAGGACGCAAGCCAGGGAGUGGGGUGGCAACCACUUCUGCUGAAGUCAAGAAGAAAACAAUUAAAGAAUCUUUCAUUAGUUCAGUGCAAGAAACUGUGUUGCCCAUCAAAAAGAGGAAGACCAGGGAAACAGUUAGCAUUGAAGUAAAGGAGAUGGUGAGCCCCUUGCUCUUGUCAACCAUUGGGGAAAAGAGUGGUAAGGGACUAAAAGCUGGGAAAAGUCUUAUUUGUAAAAGUAAAGAAAGCAGCUCCAAAGAGCGGAGCAUUAGUAGCACUUCACCUCUAAAAAAAGAGCACCAUCAUUAUUACAUAGAUUCACCCCAGGCCACCUCAACAUUGCUUGCACCCCCAUUAUCUCCUGAGAGUUCUGAGGCCAAUAGAAGCUCUUCUGAGUCCAAGGAUUUAAGCAGCAAAGAUGAGAAAAUGCAAAAAGGAGAACAACCUGAGAGUGACAGCUGCAUAAAAGAACCCGUUAAAACUACACCCACAGAAAAGUAUAAACACAGAGAAGGAGACCGAAAAGACAUUGUUUCAUCUUCUAUGCCAAGGCCAAAUAGAGAGGAUCCUGUGGGCAGCCGAAUGUCUGUAACAGAGAGUGUUAGUUGAUUUUAAGUGAUACUGAUUUAAAAACAAAAAAUAAAGGCAGCUGUUGUUUCAUCUUUUGGGUAGGGCUCUGACAAAACUUCCCAAGUUAACUGAAAUAAAUAAAGUUUGUGUUUUUGUUUUCUCAGCACAUUUAGAAUUUUGUGGCUUCUGGGUAGAAGUCAUUGUGGAGUGUUUCCCUAACUGACAAGCAUAGUCAAGUUGAAGACUUAAAUCAGGCCAGAAGCAGCUGUGCACUUUUGUAUAAUAGUACUCUGUACUGCUGACUAGUCUAACACUUCAUCAAGCAUUUUCACAUAUGCCAAUUCGUGUUCCAUCAUUUGUCUGAAGAAUUGGGUGGCAUAUGAGUUGUCAUUUGAAACAUAAUGAUUUAGGUUAGUGGAACUUGGGUUUUUAUCAACCUAAAUGCCCAGGAAUGAGGUUUUAAAUUGGAGUAGAAUUUUAAAGCUGGGGGGAUGAAAGUUAAAUUUUAAAGAAAAUAAUGACAUAAAGUCAGGCCAACAGUAAUUAAAAAAAACAAACUUUAUUUAUUCCCUUCUUUCUCAGAGUUUUGCAGAGAUUAAUGAAUCAAAAACAAUUUUUUUGUAUCUUCAUUUGGUGCCCUGGCCAGAAUAGGUCUUUUGGUGAGCUAGUAGGCAUCAUGAGUUGAUGUUGAAGAGUAGCUCUCUAGAGGCCAGGUGUCAUUUAUGUGUUCAACAAAUAUUUGAAAUUUAAGAAACCCAGAAUAGGAAUAAAAUUAUGGGAAGAUAGUGUAACAGGACCAUAAAUAAGCUUUACAAACUUAUAAAAGAAUUUCAUCAAGAAAUGGUCAAAAUUUUUCUAGGUGGAAACUAACUUAAAAAGCGUAUUGAGGAAAAAGGAAACACUAUCUAGUCACCCUAAAACAAUUUAUGGAAUAGUAGUGAACUGUGCAAUGAGAAGAAAUUCCUUUCAGUGCUUUUUUAAGUGUACUUAUACUAUUUAUUUUAUUUUAUUUUUCAUAUUUCCCUUCAAAACUAACCAACAGAUUCUCUAACAGAAAACCUACCUAAAUGAGCAGCAUGGCUUUGUCAUUUAAGCUGACGAUAUUCAGGUCUUAUUUAUAUUUGUAUAUAUUUGCUGAUUAUUUUAAAGUAGAAUGAAUACAUAGAAUUCCCAUGAUGCUUCAGAAUUCUUAAAUAUUGGCUGUAGUUUUAUCACAUUAUGAAUUAGUUUUUUUUUAUUUUCUUCCUUUCUCUUUAGCUUCAGGGUCCUUUUGGUUAGUUGCACUUUAAGCUGGUAGGAAUUCCCUACCCACUUCCUUUCUUUGGGAAUUUGUAUUGGAAGCCUGACUAGAUUAUUUGGAUGGAUAGAGCCUAGUUCCCAGUUGUAUCCUUUCUAAUCCCCACAUUUUCAGUAAACUGCUUGUAUAAUGGAAAAAUUCGAAUAUAAACUUCAUUCAGAUAGUAUCGAAAUAAGAUUACUGCAUUAUUCAUCUUGUGGUAUUGUGAUUUUAUAGGAAAAGAGGUAGAAAAAAUGGAAUGUGGAUUAAAUUGGACUUUCCUUUAGAAAUAACAAAUGAGGUUGUACCUUAUCGAGGUCAAAUGUUUAGAAGGUUGUUGCCUAGGAGCAAAUCUGUGUUAACAGUAUAUGUCUGACUAAACUGAGAAUCACCAUUAGAGCACAAAAGUGGGCUCUUAAUUAAAAAUUGCCACGCAUACAUAUGGAUAUGCUAGACCAUGUGUGGGGAACCUGGUCUUGAGGCCACAUGUGGUUCUGUAGGUCUUCAAGUGCAUGAUCGAGUCCAGAUUUUACACAACUGAAUGGAUUUCAUUUAUUAAGAAGAUUUGUUCGGUAAAGUUUGGAUUCAGUCAAAGGGCCACAGCUGAAAACCUAGAGAGCCAGAUGUGGCCUCGAGGCUGUAGAUUCCCCACCCCUGCAACUGUCUUCUUUAAUGGGAAAGUAGUUGAAUUCUUUCCAGGUGGACUGCACCCCAUACACUGACAUUUCAGGGUUCCUAGCCACCCCAAACCACAUCAGGCUCACAAUUUAUAUACCCUUCCAAUAUGGCAAAAAAAAUUUCUCUAUGCCAGACCACUCCCAGCCUUAGGCUGUCUAGACUGUAAGUUCCCAAAGUGGGUGAUACCACCCCCUGGGGAGUGCUGGAACACCCCAGGGGACAGCAGUAGUCUAUGGAAGCAUAAGGAAAGAAGGGAAGAUAAAUAAGAUUUCUGAUGAGCUAUUUAUCGUUUCGGAAAAGGACAUCCACUUUGCACUUUAGUUUUUCUUUCUUGAAACCCACGGACAUUAGGAAGAGUUCUUAUAUUUUAUUUGUUUUAUUAGUAUAGCUUUUGUUUAUUUUACUUAAGAUAUUCUUAGUACAAACUUUGAAUCUUAUGUCAAGAUUAUUAUCAGUGAUAAAGAUCAGUGUCAUAUCUGGGAAGAGGAGUGGUUUCUGUGGAUUCUCACUGGGACAUUUCCUGGCAGAUAUUGAAAUCUUAGUUUUUACCUUUUCUUUUUAAAGUUGAAAUCUUUAAACUCUCCCCACCCCUAUUUUCUUCCAUUUCUCCAUUUCUAGUUUGUGGUUUCUUAUUCUCUUUUCUUUUUUCUAAUAUUCUUUCUGUCUUUAUCUGUAUUUAUCUAAAAGAUUAAUUUCUAGUGUGACCUUUCCCAAAAUUUGUUUUUAAGUGUCAGAUAAAAGCAGUGUUUGUCAGGAAUCCUUCUGCUUGGUUAGAGAUCUAGACUCUGUCUUUUUUUUUCUCUUUAUACAUGCACGUAUAUGUACAUAUGUACACACAUAUUUUAGGGCAUUUCCAGACUAUUUAGUUAUUCAGGUACUUUGCGUAUCUUUAAAAGUCCCUUUAAAUUUCAUUUCUCCACUAAUGUUUUACUACACACUGUACAAUCUGAAAGUAUAAUUAGAUAAAGAAAAAAUACAUAUAAAAUGACUGAUAAAUAAAGAUUUCCUAGCUGGUCUGUCUUUUGGUUAAUUGGUUCAUUGAAGACCCAUGGCUUCUUAAUAAACAUGGAAUGGGUCAGGAAUUCAGUGGGAUUUAUGUAAAGGUAGAAAAAGGGGUCUUGCAUUUUUUCUUUAUCUAUUGGGAGUAGGCUUUUGAACCUAACUCAUUAUGUAGGGAGUGAGUUGUUGCCUCAUUCUAAUCAGCAGUGAAGGAGAGGUGGAGAAAUGACGUUUAUGGGGAUGUUAACUCUUAUUAUUUGAAAUAAUUAUAAAGCACUCACUUAGUAUAGUGCCAGGCACAAAGUAAAUGCAAAGUAGCAAUUGUUAUUAAAAACAAGGUACUCGAAUAAUCCAGUAUUCAGGAAGUACCCUAAAUGUCUAGAAGUGUUUUACACAGUGUGAGUUAGCAUUAUUUUCAUGAGCAUUGAAAAUCUUAAUAUACUUUGAGGAACAAGGUACUAAGUCCCUUAAAAUAGAUUAAGAAUAAAUAAAAUCUACAUACUCAGUCUGCUAGUCUUACUCUAAUCUGACCAUUUUAAGUUUCUUAUUUUCUUGCUGGGCCUCUCCUUCCUUCUAUCUGCCACUGAUGGAGAGAAGUGACCAAUAGGGCAAAGAGUGAUUUUUGUAUACAAGGUUAGUGGGUAAUUUUAGACUUUAAUAUAUCUGUAGGACGUAGGUUUGUUUACAUGAGAUCUUGUGCCAAAAAUAGUUGGCUCUUUAAGUCUCAGUGCCCAACAUUUCUAAUACUUUGACAUUUAAAAAAAAGCAGACUUAGAUAAAACUAGAAACUCAUAAGUUGGUGGUUUCUUAGCAAUGGAAAAUAACCAAUCAGGAGAUAAAAUUUUAAUUUAUAAUAUAAAUAUUUUUAUUGUAUUGUGCUUCAUAAUGUUAUGUAUAAGGUAUGGUCUGCUGAUUUGCAGUGACUUGUAUUAACUUGCUUGUUAGAAUCUGUCUAAUAUAGGCUUAUUUAUAGUAAAUCUCUAGUAAUUAAAAAUUCUGUUUUGUCAUUGCUAUUAAUUUCUUUAGUAAUCAUAACUAUUCCUUGUCUUAGAAGUCUUGAUGAGUCAAAACAGGUAAAAUAACCAGACUUUUGGAUAACAAGCUUCAUCACAAUUAAUUUUGCAUGUCCUUCGAUGGCCAGAGAUUCUACAGCUUAGUAAAUUUGCCAAAUAGUUUAUCUUUGUUUUAUAAAUAAGGAAGCUGCCUCAGAGAAGUUGAUUAAUAUGCACAACUGGUUAAGUAAUGCCUUCUGAUUUCCAAAUGUAUUUUCUGUCCCUCCAAAAUUAUAUCACUGAGCAAUUACACCUAUCACUUGGAAAGCUGAGAUUAGAGUAAACUGUUCUUUAAAGUCUAAAUACAGUUCAAGAAUUGAGUCAGCACACAAAGUCCCUGCAUAGGUUUUGUAUUUUUGAACUACAGAAAUAACUAAUGCAUAAUUUAUAAGAGAGAUUCAAGCUUCUUAGUGCUUAUUUUUUAAAUUCUGUCUUAUUAUAUUUGUCCUGUCCAUAGAUAGGUAAGCUAAGAUUUCUCUCUCUCUCUCUCUCUCUCUCUCUCUCUCUUUCUUUCUUCCCCUCCCAUCUCACAUCUCUUA